CUCUCGCCUCUUGCCUCUGCAUGGUUCGGGAUGGACCGCAGAGCAUCCAUGCGAUCAUUCCCAGAUGACCUGACCCAGGCCAUUUUCUCCAUACACCCCAGAGAUCAAUCCCCCCCUUGGCCGUUGUGAAGCUUCACCCCAAGACAGUAGCAGACAGACCAGCUCCACAGCGGGGACCCGCAAAGGCCAGGAAAAGAAGCAUCCAUCCCCAUCCGCCAGACCGAAACAGCCCUCCGAAAAUCCUCGAUCCCCUCCUCACCCAACCCCCCAAACACACGAUGUUUACCUUACGACGGCAAUUCUCCACCGCCGCAUCCCGCCUCAAACCCACAGCCAGCACCAUGACGGCCCCCGCCCCGAUCCAAAAACACACCUUCCAAGUCUUCCGCGACGUGCCCCCGCUGCGCGCCCUGCGCCGGGAGAUCCUCCUCGCCAACCGCACGGUGGGGCUCGUGCCGACGAUGGGCGCGCUGCACGAGGGCCACCUGGCAUUAAUCCGACAAGCGGCGGCCGAGAACACGGACGUGAUCGUCAGCAUCUUCGUGAACCCGACGCAGUUCGGCGUGAACGAGGACCUGGCCAGCUACCCGCGCACGUGGGACAGCGACGUCGCCAAGCUGGAGGCGCUGAACGCGGAGCUGGGCCAGGCCACCACGAACCAAGACACCACCACCUCCCCGCCGCAAGGCCGCAUCACCGCGAUCCUCGCCCCCACCGCGCAGGUCAUGUACCCAACGGUCCCGCCGUCCUCGGAAAUCGACGGCGACGGCUCCUUCGUGACGAUCACGCCCAUCGCCCGGAGGCUGGAGGGGGCGUCGCGGCCCGUCUUCUUCCGCGGCGUGGCGACCGUGUGCAUGAAGCUGUUCAACAUCGUGGGCGCGGAGCGGGCGUACUUCGGGCAGAAGGACAUCCAGCAGACGGUCGUGAUCCGGCGCAUGGUCAAGGAUUUCCACGUGGACACGGAGAUCAAGAUCGGGGCGACGGUGCGCGAGGCCGACGGGCUGGCGAUGAGCUCCCGGAACGUGUACCUCGGGGCGCGGCGGCGCGCGGUGGGGUUGGUGCUGUAUCGCGCGCUGAAGGCGGCGGAGGAGCGGUAUGCAGCAGGCCGAACAGUGCAGCGCAGGGCGAUUCUGGACGCCGCGGAGGCGGUCACGCAGCAGGUGCGAGCAGAGCAGGAGGCGCUGGCCCCGACGCAGCGCGCGCGGUUCGAGGUCGACUACAUCUCGCUGGCGGAUCCGGACACCCUGGAGGAGCUGGAGGUCGUGGACCCCGCGAAGGGGGCCAUUCUGAGUGGCGCGAUCAAGAUGGCGCCGCUGGAGGAGACUGUCCCCGGCGAGGACUGCGGGUUGGGCGAGGGCAAGGUGCCCGUGCGACUGAUCGAUAACCUGAUCUUUGCGCCGCGGGCGUAGCUGCUUGCUUGCUUCGGGGCAGGUUCUAGCACCGUACCGUAGUACAUAUACCCAACAUCAGAAGAAAAGAUAUUUUAUACGAG